GAAAAAUAUCAUCCAAGCUCGUGUUCUGCUUCGAUGUCGGUGAUGAUGCUUAAGCGACAGUAAGCUCUCGAGUUUUUCUUAAAGAUAGAUAUUUAUUGCCUAGACUGCUAAAGUUUAAGGGAUAAAGAGAGAAAGCUUUCUUCCUUUUCUCAAUAAAUGGCUGCUUGGUCACCAUCAGCUGGGAUCAGAUCUUCUUGUCUAAUAAACAAUGGCAUCACUGAAACAUGGAAAUUUCCUUAUGCCAGUUUCUUAACUGGAAAGAACAAGACUAAACGUGGAUCUGAGACGCUAAUAGUUACAAGAAAACAUAUCUACAGGGAUUUGGGAAGUUAUGGGUUGAGUAAGAUCUGUGCUUCAAAAAGUUCUGUCGAGCUGAAGGAGGAACAUGUGUCUACGAGAGGUGCUAAGGUCCAUGACCUGAAGAAGGUAUCAUCCUAUCUCUUCAGGACCAAGUCUGGUGCUCUUGUUAAAGUACAAGUUGAAAAGAAGAUAGAGAGGUACAGUAUCAUGGUUUACGUCUCAUCGCUGGAACCAAGUGGUGAUGACAACAAGAGUAGUCUGGUGAUGGUUUGGGGUGUAUUCAGGUCUGAUUCUUCCUGUUUCUUGCCUCUGGAUUUCGAAAACUCUGAUCAAGACUCACAAACUCCCUUUGUGAAAAGCUCAUUGUCUGAGUUAAUGCUAGAGCUAGAAUUUGAUGGGAAAGAAUCUCCUUUCUACCUAUCAUUUCGGCUCAAGUUAGUGUCAGCAAAUGAUCCGAACGGUCUGGAAAUGCUCACUCACAGGGACACAAACUUCUGUGUCCCAGUUGGUUUUACUGCUGGUCAUCCACUGCCAUUAGGCCUUUCAUCCGGACCAGAUGGUGGUGACUCGUGGAAUUUCGCAUUCUUUUCAAGAAACUCUAAGAGUUUGGUAUUGUGCUUGUAUGAUGAUAGCACUACCGAUAGACCUGCGUUGGAGCUUGAUCUUGAUCCUUAUGUCAACCGAACAGGUGAUGUCUGGCAUGCUUCAGUUGAUAAAACAUGGGGUUUUGUGAGAUAUGGCUACCGUUGCAAGGAAUCUACUAACUCUGAAGAUGAUGAAGCUGAGAGUAUUGUUUUGGAUCCGUAUGCCAGAGUCAUUGAGAAUACCAUCUCUCCGAAAUUUCUUGGAAGUAUAUACAAAAACUCUUCAUUUGAUUGGGGGGAGGAUGUGUCUCCAAACAUACCACUGGAGAAACUCAUUGUUUACCGGUUGAAUAUUAAGGGUUUCACACAACAUAAGUCCUCCAAGUUGCCAACCAAUGUAGCAGGGACAUUUUCUGGUGUAGCUGAGAAAGUGAACCAUUUGAAAGCUCUUGGAACCAACGCUGUCCUCUUGGAGCCAAUCUUUUCAUUCUCGGAGCAACAAGGUCCUUACUUUCCAUUUCAUUUCUUUUCACCGAUGGACAUGUAUGGCCAAGAAUCUGCAGUUAACUCGUUGAAAGAGAUGGUAAAGAGACUGCACAGUGAGGGGAUUGAGGUACUUCUGGAAGUAGUAUUCACACAUACUGCUGAGUCUGGAGCUCUUCAAGGAAUUGAUGACAGUUCCUAUUAUUACACGGGAAAGGAUUCUAAAACUUACUUGAACUGUAACUAUCCUGUAGUUCAGCAGCUGAUAUUAGAGAGCCUGCGUUAUUGGGUGACUGAGUUUCAUGUAGAUGGGUUUUGUUUCAUCAAUGCUUCUUCUCUCUUGAGAGGCGUCCACGGUGAACAACUUUCUCGUCCUCCCUUGGUUGAAGCAAUAUCUUUUGAUCCACUCCUCGCGGGGACAAAACUAAUAGCUGACUGCUGGAAUCCACGUGACAUCAAGAUGCCAAAGGAAGUAAAGUUCCCUCACUGGAAACGAUGGGCGGAACUCAACACACGAUACUGUCGAGAUGUAAGGAACUUUGUGAGUGGAAGAGGCCUUCUUAGCGACCUGGCUACAAGAGUUUGUGGAAGUGGUGACAUGUUCACAGAUGGAAGAGGUCCGGCUUUCUCCUUCAACUACAUUUCAAGAAACUCAGGGCUCUCUCUCGUUGACUUGGUCAGUUUCAGUGGCCCUGAGCUGGUGUCAGAGCUAAGCUGGAACUGUGGGGAAGAAGGAGAGACAAACAAGUCAGCUGUUCUUUAGACAAGGUUGAAACAAAUCCGCAACUUGUUGUUUAUACAGUACAUUUCACUUGGAAUCCCUGUGCUCAACAUGGGAGAUAAAUGUGGAGUCUCUACAAAGGGCUCUCCUUUGCUAGAAUCAAGGAAGCCAUUUGACUGGAACAUGUUAGCUUCUGGCUUCGGUGCACAGAUCACUCAGUUCAUCCUUUUGUUGACUUCAGUUAGAGCAAGGAGAAGCAAUGUGUUUCAAAGGAAUAAGUUUUUGAAACCUGAGAGCAUUGUUUGGUAUGCGAACGACCAAACAACACCGAAUUGGGAAGACACUGCUUCAAGAUUUUUGGCAUUGGGGAUCAAAACAGAUUCAGGGGAAGAAACGACCGAGCUAAAGAACAAUGAUCUGUUCAUUGGAUUCAAUGCAAGUGAUCGUCUUGAGAAGGUGAUAUUACCUUCACUACCCGAAGGAAGAAGCAAAUGGAGGCGAUUGGUGGACACAGCUCUUCCUUUCCCGGGGUUUUUUUCUGUUGAAGGAGAGACCGUUGUAACAGAGGAUGAACUGGUAGUGUAUGAGAUGAAGCCGUACAGUUGUACCCUUUUUGAAACCAUCAAUUCUACUGCUUAG